AUGCGCUUUUCGCGGAAGUUACUAGGCCCUUUCGUGGGUUCAUUGGCCAAGAAACUCGAUUAUUAUAGUCAAUUUCAACCUUCAUCACUUACAAUUCAACAAUAUUUGGAUUUCGGUCGAAUAGGAACAUCAGCAAAUUCAUACACAUUUUUGAAAAAUGAGCUUCUCGUUCGUUUGGCGAAUAUUAUGCAGGAAUUCACACUUCUUCCACCAAAGCUUCUUCAAAUGCCAAGUUCAAAAAUGGUAUCAAAUUGGUAUGCUGAGAGUUUCGAGGAUCUUCUUUUGUUCGAGGCAUCUGAUUCAUCUCCAGAGCAAGUUGCAAGAUUCAAUGAUCAGUUAACAGUCGUACUGAAAAGACACGCACAUGUCGUCGAAACAAUGGCUGAAGGAUUGAUUGAACUUCGAGAAUCGGAUGGAGUAGAUAUUGCAAGUGAAAAAGGAAUUCAAUAUUUCUUGGAUCGAUUUUACAUCAACAGAAUUUCCAUUCGUAUGCUUCAAAAUCAACAUCUGGUUGUAUUCGGAAAUGUUCUCCCAGAAAGUCCUCGUCAUGUUGGAUGUAUUGAUCCUGCCUGUGAUGUGGAAAGUGUAGUGUACGAUGCUUUUGAAAAUGCUCGAUUUCUAUGUGAUCGAUACUACUUGACAAGUCCAUCAAUGAAGCUUGAAAUGCACAAUGCCGUUGAAAAAGGAAAACCAAUAUCGAUUGUCGCCGUACCAAGUCAUCUCUAUCACAUGAUGUUCGAACUGUUUAAGAAUGCAAUGAGAGCGACAGUUGAAUAUCAUGGAGUUGAUGAUGAUCUUCCAGAUAUUAAAGUUUAUGUAGUCAAAGGACAAGAGGAUUUAUCUAUUAAGAUUUGUGAUCGUGGAGGAGGUGUAUCCAGAACUAUUCUCGAACGUCUCUACAACUACAUGUACUCAACAGCUCCACCACCGCCACGUGAUGGAACACAAGCUCCUUUGGCUGGUUACGGAUACGGACUGCCACUAUCUCGACUAUACGCUCGGUAUUUCCUUGGUGACCUCUUUUUGGUUUCCAUGGAAGGACAUGGAACGGAUGCAUGUAUCUACUUGAAAGCUGUACCAGUUGAGGCUAGUGAAGUACUCCCAAUUUAUAGUACUUCUUCGCGUCGAAAUUUGACAAUGGGACCACAAGUAGCUGAUUGGUCGCAUCAUGUUCCUGGUCAAGGAAAUCGUCCAGCUCAAUCAUGAUCGUACUCGAGUUUUUUGUAUUUAUUGCUCUUUUUUUGUAAGUUGUGAAUAUAUUCUAGCCAUUCAUUUUAUUCGUCUUUUUACUUCUACUGUUCUCCGUUUCUGUCUAUCCGGUGUCCAUCAAAUCCCGAGAAUUCUGUUGUAUAUAAAACAUUUCUAGCAAAAUUAUUUGUUUUCUUUCUGAAACUUCUUCUAGCUCUACUCUUUCUCGGACAUUUUUUUUGUAUAUAAUCGUUUGUAGGUGCGAUGGGCUCUAUUCUUCUUCUUUUUCUUCUCUCCCCGUAUUUCACGAGUUCGUUGUGAUUUGAAAUCCCUCCCGAAUUAGACUCACAACUUUGGAAUAAAUCAUUCAAACUC